AUGGAGGGAAUUCUAGAAAAGAGAAAGAAGGAGAGUAUGUUAAAAAAGACAUGGCAAAGAUGUAAGUCUAUAGGACAUGGUCAAAUGAACGAUAGGGCUCCUCCAACUAGUCUACUGUCGAUACCUGGAUCACCAACUCGUCCUAUGGUCAAAAGCAAAUCAUGGUCAACUUUUCACCCUUCAAGCCCUAUUAGCCAACGAGUCGACAAACUGACCAUGGCCAGAUCCAAGAACCAACGGGUGAGCCCUUUGUCACCCAAGGGUUGCUUAUCGGUCUAUGUGGGACCCGAUAAACAAAGAUUUGUUCUCAAAAUUGGGUGUACAAGUCACCCACUUUUUAGGAUGUUGCUUGAUGAGGCGGAGUUAGAGUAUGGAUAUCAUAGUGAUGGACCUUUAAUGCUUCCUUGUGAAGUUGAAUUGUUCAUCAAGGUUCUAUACGAGAUGGAGGCAAAUGAUCACGACGAGAACUCAAGCAGUUCGCGGUGUAGGUUUCCUAGGAGUCGAAGCUCUUACCACCUUCUCGGCUCAUCUGGUAGACUGGUUGCUUGA